AUGUAUACACCGCAAAGGGAAGAAAAUGUUGUUUUAAAGCCUAACUGUGCAUGCUUUUGGAGAAGCAUCUCUUGUGAGUAUGAGUAUCAGUCAGGCACAGCCAAAGCUUCUAGCAUUAUCCAUCCGGUCUUGAAAGUCGCCCACCGGAUCAUUGCUUCUCUCUUAUUCCCUCAAGAAGAGAUUAGCAAGGCUAAUAAGAAUGAGCUAGAAGUCUUCUGGUGUAUGAUUAACAAGCCCGUAGAAGUCCCUCAUUUUGGGUGUUGGGUGAUUCAGAAAAUGCUUAGAAGUGCUAUGAGCAAUGGUGGGCAGCUACAUUGUGGAGGCAUGGUUUCCAUUAUUGCUGAGCAUCUUGGCCUCCAUCUACCUAAUAACCCAACAAAUAUAGUCAUGGGUUGUACUUGUCUAUCAAUUGAUGUUAUGGAAACAAUGCAUCUUUUCCACCGCCUUCCCACUGGGGAUGUUCAUUGGAUAGUAUAUAGGAAAGAGUAUCUUCGCAUAGACAUCAGAAACAAGAAGAUACUUAAUUUAGCUAAUGACAUUCCAUAA